AUGGCUGCGUGUCUCCCAGCAUGGCAGCACCCAUUCCUCAACGUCUUCAGACACUUCAAGGUGGACGAGUGGAAGCGGUCCGCCAAGGAGGGCGACGUGGCCACCGUGACGGACAAGACCUUGAAGUGCACCGUGUAUCGGGUCCGGGGUUCUGUCUCUGCCGGCAAUUACAUCCAGCUCCCCAAAACCAGCACCCAGUCCCUGGGGCUGACAGGACGAUACCUGUAUGUGCUCUUCCGGCCCCUGCCCCCUAAGCACUUCGUCAUCCACCUGGACGUGUCCACGGAGGACAGCCAGGUCAUCCGCGUGUCCUUGUCAAACCUCUUCAAGGAGUUCAAGUCCACAGUCACAUGGCUUCAGUUCCCCUUUAUCUGUGAGGCCGGAACAUCCAAGAAAGACCUGGCAGGUGUGCCCCCCACUGGUGCCCGCUGGACCUGCCUGCAGCUCGACCUGCACGACAUCCUCCUGGUCUACCUGAACCGGCGCUACGGCCACCUCAAGGGCGUCAGGCUGUGUGCCAACCUGCUGGUCAGGAGCCUCUAUACCAGCGACCUAUGCUUUGACCCCGCUGUCACCGCCACGGAGGCCCGGCGGGCAAAACUGCCUGUCACUCCCAUGCCACGAGAAAUGGCGUUCCCAGUGUCGAAGGGGGAGAGCUGGCAUGACCGCUACAUCCACAUCCGGUUUCCAAGCUACAGCUCAAAAGCACUCUCCAAGCCGGUUCAGAAGAGCUGUGUCCCUCCUGAGGCAGGCCUCUCGGCACUCUGCUCCACUGCAGGCUUCCCGGGGCAUGUGCCACGGCUUCUCUCUCACCUGGCAACCUUCAGCAAGCCCACACAGGACAGCGUGUCCCCCGUGGUCCAGAUGCUUGGCCCCACAGCUUCCUGCCGAAUUCCUUCAGCACCCAGGCCCCUUCCAGAGGUCAGCCUGUUCUGUGAGCACUCAGAGAUCUCCAGUGUGGGUGGCCCCAGUGGCCAGAGCCAAGAGCCCUCAGCCUGGGAGCAGGCCACUGACAAGCAUGCAACUGGCAGCAGCAUUCAUGUGUCUGCCCAUGAGUUGGCUGUGGUGCCUGUGGCCCCCGAGGAUGUGGCCCUGCACGAGCCUCCCUGCAGAAAGCAGAGCGGGCAGGAGGCAGCUUUGGGCAAGAAUCGUUUUCAACAAAGAAGCUUCCUCCCAGAUCCCAUCCUGAGGCUCAAGGGGGUCAUCGGCUUUGGGGGCCACAGCACCAAAUGGGCCCUGUGGACCAAGGACGGGGCUGCCGUCGUGUACCCCUGCCAUGCAGUCAUCGUUGUCCUGAACAUUGAGUCCCGGGAGCAGCGCUUCUUCCUCGGCCACACGGAGAAGGUCUCUGCCCUGGCACUGGACGGGAGCAGCUCGCUGCUGGCCUCGGCCCAGGCGCGGCCCCCCAGCAUGCUGCGCCUCUGGGACUUCCAGACCGGGGGCUGCCUGUCUCUCUUCCGGAGCCCCGUCCACACCAUCUGCUCCCUCAGCUUCUCUGACAGCGGGGCACUGCUCUGCGGCACCGGCAAGGACCGCCACGGGAGGACGGUGGUGGUGGCGUGGGGCACAGACCAGGUGGGGCGAGGUGGCAAGGCGGUCGUUCUCGCAAAGGUGCACACUGACGUGGACAUCCAGGGAUUCGAGGUUGCCUUUUUUGAUGAAACCAGGAUGGUGUCGUGCGGGCAGGGCAGUGUGCGGCUGUGGCGGCUGCGACAUGGGGGGCUGCGCUCCUGCCCCGUGGACCUGGGGGAGUACCACGCACUGGAGUUCACUGACCUGGCCUUCGGGCAGGACCAGGACGGCUGCACGCUCUACGUGUGCGGCCGCAGUGGCCACAUUCUGGAGGUCGACUACCAGCGCAUGGCUGUGCGCCACGCUCGCCGCCUCCUGCCCAUGCAGACCCCCAGCGGCCCCCUCCCACAGAAGCAGACCUUCAGCUCGGGCCCUGGCAUCGCCAUCAGCAGCCUCAGUGUCUCCCAGACCAUGUGCGCUGUAGGCUCUGAGGAUGGCUACCUGCGCCUGUGGCCCCUGGACUUCUCCUCUGUGCUCCUGGAGGCAGAGCACGAGGGCCCCAUCAGCUCUGUCCGCGUCAGCCCCGAUGGCCUCCGUGUGCUGUCCACCACCUCCUCGGGCCACCUCGGCUUCCUGGACGUCCUGUCCCGGGAGUACCACGUGCUGGUGCGCUCCCACACUGCUCCGGUGCUGGCCCUUGCCACCAAGUGCAGCCAGGAGCAGCUGGCCACUGUGUCCCAGGACCACACCGUCCGGGUCUGGGACCUGGUGACCCUGCAGCAGCUGUAUGACUUCACGUCGCCCGAGGAGGCCCCGUGCACCAUCGCCUUCCACCCCACACAGCCAACCUUCUUCUGUGGCUUCAGUGGUGGGGCCGUCCGCUCCUUCAGCCUGGAGGCCACCGAGGUCCUGGUGGAGCACAGGUGUCACCGAGGAGCUGUCAUCGGCUUGGCUGCCAGCCCUGACGGGAGCCUCCUGUUCAGCUCCUGCUCUCAGGGCACCCUGGCCCAGUACCACUGCGCUGCCGCCCGGUGCCGUCUCCUGCGUGUGGCAGCUAAUGUGGUGUGCCAGGAUGCCCACCCGAGCCCCAAUGCCCUGGCGGUCAGCAGGGACAGCUACCUGCUGGCCUUUGUGGGCCCGUCCAAGUACACGGUGACCAUCAUGGACACAGCCUCACUGGACAAGCUUCUGCAGGUUGAUGUCAGCGCCCUGGGCCUCGCCAGCAGCCGCCUGGACUCAGCCGUGGCUGUCUGCUUCGGGCCUGCACCGCCCAGCCACCUGCUGGUGUCCAUGUCGUCCAACGUGGUUGUGGUGCUGGACGCCACGUCAGGGCGCACGGUCCGGGAGCUGUCCAGUGUCCACCCCGCGGCCUGCCCUUCCCUUGCUCUCAGCGGGGAUGGCCGCUUCCUGCUGACGGCCGCUGACCGGGCCAUCAAGGUGUGGGACUACUUGACGCGAGCCAGCCCCGGCUGCCAGAUGUACAUUGGCCACUCGGAGCCUGUGCAGGCCGUGGCCUUCACCCCUAACCAGCAGCAGCUCCUCAGCGUGGGGGACGCCAUCUUCCUCUGGGACAUCUUGGUCUCCCCUGAGAGGUCGCCCCCAGGAAGCAUCCAAGGCUCGCCUGGGGGACCCCCGACCUGUGAGGCUGGCCCAGGUGCGAGGCAGCCGGAGGACACAGUGUCCGGAGCCGAUGGGCUCCCCCGGCGGCAGGUGCCCGUGCCAUCCCAGACAGCCCCGCCCUGGCUGGGCGCCUGUGUCGGGCCUCCAGAGGGUGGUGAUGGCACUUUCUGUGUGUCAGAUGACGAAAGACCCUCUGAGGAGAGCCACGGCCCCAAGGGGCUCCGCCAGGCCUCAGCCUCAGCUGUGCUGCUGAAGGAGGCUGACGGGGCCACAGACGGGGCCUGGGGGGCUGCAGUUGACUCCUGGGGCCUCGGCGUGCCUCCCCAUCCCUGUGGCCAGCCUAAUGCCCAGAGCACCAGGAGAACCAGAGCCCGGCCUGCCACCUACCCGGACUCCUACAAGCCCUUCACGGCAUGUUGCAAGGCCUCCCCGCUGGCCAAGAGCGUCUCCUUCCCCCCUGCCAGUGGCGAAUGGCUGCGCCUGAAGGCCGUCGUGGGCUACAGCGGAAACGGGCGAGCCAACGUGGUCUGGAGGCCAGACACAGGCUUCUUCGCUUAUGCGUGUGGCUGCCUGGUGGUGGUGGAAGACCUGCACUCUGGUGCCCAGCAGCACUGGCUCGGCCACCCCGAGGAGAUCUCCACACUGGCCCUCAGCCACGACGCCCAGGUCCUGGCCUCUGCCUCAGGCCGCAGCAGCACUGCCUCCCACUGCCAGAUCUGCAUCUGGGAUGUGUCUGGGGGCUCCUGCCGGCAGCUUGUUUCUCACCACGACACUGCCGUGCGAGCCUUGGCUUUCUCACCGGAUGAUGGGCUCCUCGUCACACUGGGGGACUAUGGCGACUGCACCCUGGCCCUGUGGAGCAUGUCUUCCUGCGAGCUCCUGUCCUCCACGCGCCUCCCAGAGCCGGUGCACGGCGUGGCCUUCAACCCCUGGCACACCGGAGAGCUGGCCUGCGUGGGCCAGGGUGCUGUAACCCUGUGGCUCCUGCAGCGGCACGGGGCUGACAUCAGCCUCCAGGCGCACCGAGAGCGCAUCCCCGAGGAGGUGGGGGUGGGUGAGCUGACCUCGCUCUGCUACGGGGCCGCGCCCCUGCUCUACUGUGGCUCCAGCACUGGCCAGGUCUGCGUCUGGGACACGCAUGCCAGCCGCUGCUUCCUGGCCUGGGAGGCAGACGACGGUGAGAUCGGAGUGCUGCUGUGCUCGGGCGCGCAGCUGGUCAGCGGCAGCAGCACCAGGCGGCUGCGUCUGUGGGCCGUGGGGGCCGUGCCGGAGCUGAGGCGCAAGGGCUCGGGCGCCAGGUCUAGCUCCGUGUUCAUGGAGCGCGAGCUGACCCUGGACGGGGCCAUCGUGGGCGCGGUCUUCCAUGACAGCACGGACAUGGGUGUGGUGGGCACCGCGGCAGGCACGCUCUGGUACGUCAGUUGGGCUGAAGGCACCAGCACCCGCCUCGUCAGUGGCCACAGCAGCAAGGUGAACGAGGUGGUCUUCAGCCCCAGCGAGUCCUACUGUGCCACGUGUGGUGACGACGGGAGCGUGAGGGUGUGGUCCUUGGUCAGCAUGGAGCUGGUCAUCCAGUUCCAGGUUCUCAACCAGAGCUGCCUCUGCCUGGCUUGGAGCCCCCCGUCCUGUGGACGCCCAGACCAGCAACAGGUGGUGGCGGGCUACAGUGAUGGCACGCUGCGUGUCUUCAGCAUCUCUCGAACCUCGAUGGACCUCAAGAUGCGCCCCUGUGCAGCUGCGCUGACGGCCAUAGCCUUCUCUGCUGACGGUCAGACCAUCCUCUCUGGAGAUAAGGAUGGGCUUGUGGCCGUGAGCCGCCCCUGCACGGGGAUGACCUUGCGUGUACUGAGUGACCACCGGGGAGCCCCGAUCUCCGCCAUCCAGACAACGAGCAAAGAGUAUGGAGACUUCGGAGUGGAGGGCACGGACCUGUGGCUGGCCGUCAGUGGGGAUCAGCGGGUCAGUGUCUGGGCCUCCGACUGGCUGCGGGACCGCUGUGAGCUCGUGGACUGGCUGAGCUUCCCGGCACCUGCCCUCAUGGAGUCUCCCGGCUGCCCACCACCGUCCCUCGCUGCUUUCUGCCCCUGGGACGGAGCGCUGCUGGUGUGUGCGGGCCUUGGUGUGCACCGGGACGUGGUCUUCUACAGCCUCCGCCAGAAGCAGGUGGUGGAGAAGAUCCCGUUGCCUUUCUUUGCUGUGUCCCUGAGCCUGUCCCCUGGGGCCCGCCUUGUGGCCGUUGGCUUUGCUGAGCAUGUGCUGAGGCUGGUGGACUGUGCCUCAGGGGCCACGCAGGACUUCGCUGGCCACGUCGACUCGGUGCAGCUCUGCAGGUUCACCCCGUCCGCCCGGCUGCUCUUCACGGCGGCCCACAAUGAGAUCUUGGUGUGGGAGGUCACGAGGUGCUGCAGGCGCGGCCGGAAGCGGCCUCUCUGGGGCCAGGCCAGAUUGUGGGUCACGGGUGGUGGUCCUCGCCAGGGACCCCCACCCCCGCCGCGCCCCGCCGCGCCCCGGCCCGCGAGGCUCCGCACCACGCCAUGA